AACUGCAAAUGAAGUCGGUCAGCCUGUUUCUGUAAAUAGUUAUUACUUAUAACGAUGGCCCGAGUAGCAUGAAAAUGGCACCGCCUGUGUGCCAAACAUUAAGAGAUAGGGGAUAGCUUAUAUUUUGUAGACUAUAUGUCUUUGUGUUUCGUUUUAAAGAUCUUCCUAAAACUUCACCACUGUGUCAGUUGAUUUUUGCCUUUUCAGGAUUGUUGUGUCAUGCAGAAGUUAGUCCUGUCAUUAUCAACGAGCCAUGCCAAAUCUUCGGCAGUGGUGCUAGUUGACUUACCAUUUCUUGGUGAUAAAUUGAUGCCCAUGGUAAUUAGGUUACUGUAGAAUUGAAUAUACAGACAAACAGAAAUGCCUACACUUGAGCAUACAUUGGUGCCUUUUAAUUUAAUAGGGUGAAAGUUGCUUGUGAAAAAUAAUAAAAACCACACAGAUAGGAUCUUUAAUCCGACACACAAUUGUCUCCAAAGAGAAUGUGCUAUAGGCUACCCAUGGUAAACAGGUAGUCUAUAUUAGGCUACGGCCUAGAAAAAUCCCACCCUCGUAUAACCUCAAGAUGGUGUUCUGUGAAUUCUUUAAGUUUGCUUUCAUAGCUCAUAUUUUAAAAACAGAAAUACAAACGGAAUAUGGUGACAAUAAUUAUUCCCUCAUAGGACCUCGAUCAAUUCAGAAAGCUACAUGUUGCGGCGACUGCAAUCUGCACUGCAGAUGCAUUGUUACUCGGCAACGGGCAAAGGGAGGAUCUCUUAAAGAUUCCUUUCUUUCCUCUUCGCCUGUAUCUCUCAUUCAGUCUCCUCAAGCAGACAAAAGGGUCGUCCUGGGCUCUGACAAGCCCUCUGAAGGUGUGGCCACAUCCCUCCGCUUUCCCUCUCAACCAGGCUCAUUCUCUCCCGGUAACUAUGGGAGCGAGGGAUCGGGGCCGCCCGACGGACAACCGGACUCGCCAAUCAAGACAUCCCCGGUGUCUGAAAGAAUCAAGGCCCUGGAAGCCCUCGCUGCGAAGAAGAGCGAGCCCGAGAACCGGAGCGACAGCACGUCUCUUCAUUUCAAAGAUCGGCAUUUCGAGAAGUCUCCGACUGAGGCGCCCGCGGACGCCCCUCCGGUCUUCCAGAAGAAAGGGGGUUCCACUGAUCAAGAGUCCCCAGAAUCCCCCUUUGAGGUCCUGGGAGAUGCACGACAGGGUAGUGAGUUUGAAGACACGGCUGAAUGGAUGAGGGCCCAUUUACCCCCCGUUCCUGACUUUGACGACGCUGUAGACUCACGCAAGUGUUCUCUUGUCUCAGGGAAGACCAGUAAGUCGCAUGAGAUAAAGGGGGCAAAUGUAGUCAUACCAGAUGUACCAGCAGCUUUUGCUGGUGUCCCUGAUGCCUUCAUGGACUCUCCCGUUGAAGCACCCAAACUGAAAGAUCAGGACUCAGCCAAGCAGUCCAGCAUUGAAGAGGAGGCUGAAUUUGAUAUUAGCUUUUUACCAACUGCAUACAUGUGUGACAAACAAAAGAAACCGGACAUCCAAACUCCUCUAACUAAACCAGACUCUGAGCCCACCCCUUCACCUGCUCCACCGGUCGGUUUUGACUCCCCAUCUCCACCUCCCUCCCCCCCUGCUGCCUCUGACCCAAAGCAGAAGGUUUCUGAGACCAAGAAUACUCUGUGCGGUGGUGACAUGGAGCCUCUGGAUGUGGCUGAAGUGGACAGUUCAGGAGAGUCUGAUGACACCGUCAUUGAGGAUGCAGCUUCUGUCCCUGCCCCUUCUAUCCCUGCCCCUUCUAUCCCUGCCCCUUCUAUCCCUGCCUCUUCUAUCCCUGCCUCUUCUAUCCCUGCCUCUUCUAUCCCUGCCUCUUCUAUCCCUGCCCCUUCUAUCCCUGCCCCUUCUCCAUCCAAUCUUCCAACCCCUGCGCUUUCAGCCCCUUCCUCUUCAUCCCUCUCCACCGAGGAGUCCCAACCAGUGAAACAGGAGAAACAGCCAAUGCAAGUUCCCACUAUUAAUGUUAUUGAGACAGAAGAGCCAAAUUACAGUGAUGAAGAGAUGGAGAUGGAGAUGGAGAUUGAGGAGGAAGAGGAUGAAAGUUACAAAGUAGUUAAAGACCCAGUCAAAGACCCGGUCAAAGAGGCACCCAUACCCACUGAACCUCAACCCAAGGUGACCAAAACGGAACCAUCCAAAAUCCCACCCUUAGAGUCAGAAUUUAUGGGAGGUUAUUCUCCUCCAUCCUCUCCCGUUGACUCGGAUCCUGAGUACUCACCUCAACACAAGGUCCUCAAACCAGGUUCUGAUCAGGCUGACAGACAGUCAGCUAUUGAUGAUUUACAGCAUGCAGCUGUCUCAAAGGCCCCAAGUUCUGAUGCCUCGCAAACACAAUCUGACAAAACACAGACCUAUAAGGAGGCCGAUGAAAUUUCUCCCACUUUCACUGCCAAACCAUCCAUUAAAACGGUAGACGUUGACUUUCCAGACAAUGAUGAUGAGUGGUCAGAUGAUGCACCAGAAGUCUUGGGUCAGUCUGACUUGGCUAAAGUUGUUGCUCGGGAUCGUCCACAAAGCACCACUUCAAAGAUGGAUGAGAAGCCAAGCAGUGAUAUGAAACAAGAAUACAUGGAAACUGUUGCACCUUUGAGAUCCAGCUUCAUGCAGGACGACAUGACAGCUAGAUAUGAUAGACAGUCAUUUGACGAUUAUGAUGCACCACCAGGCUUUGAUGACUAUGAUGACAAGUUGAAAGAUUUUGACUAUGACACUGUUACUAAGCCCUCAGACCCAACAUCUCAGAUUCAUAUUGAAACUCUACUCCCAUUGAACAGUGCUACAACAGAGAUUACAGAUAUGGAAGAAAUCACCUCAAUGACUUCACAAGAGUCCUUUGUCCACCCAGUGGGUGCUCAACCAUCUCAUAUGGAGUUUCCCAAAGAUCCCUAUUCGACUUUCCAGAGUGAACCGCAAAACAGUGUCAAGGAACCAGUGACAGAUCUGAAAAAAGAAAACGUUGUUCCUGAAGACAUGGUCAACAGUGAAACCAUCCUUCCACACAAAGUGGUUGCAAAGACCCAAAAGGACACUAAAGCGGAUCACCGUUCACCCGACACGACAAGUGACCCAGAAAGCAUAGAGCCUGAAUGCUCUGUCUCUGCCGCCACAGACAGCUUUGUGGACUUUAUGAGGGAGUGCCUGAAGUCACAACAGAAUGAAGAACCAGAAGAUCUUAGUCAGGGUCUCUCAACCAAGCAUGAACUUCCCAAGACGGGCGCUUCCCAAAAUCCUCCUACUAUGGUGAUGGAUCUGGAGCAGGAACGUCUCACUAUCAGUGCCCUCAAAGAUCUGGGGAGCAGUCAGGAGGAAGAGGAAGAUCUCCAGUCCCAUGUAAAGGCUUCAUCAGCCUCCAACCUGGGCAAAUCCCAGACUUCCUUCAACUCAAAUCCCAUCCCUUCGUCUCCUCAAACCAAGCCUGCUUCUGACUGCAGCUCGUAUUCGAAAGAGGUAGAGGCCAUUGACCAGUGGGUGGCCGAGGCCUACCAUCUUGCCGAGCAUGUCUUGACAGCAAUACUAACCCACUUGUCAGGUAACACGUCUUCCCUCUGGGCUUUAUGCCUGCAAACCUUUCACACAAGCACCGCACAAAGACCCCACCCUCCUCUCACUUAAUCCUUUUUUCUCACAACUGUAGUUCUGAUCUAGGUGGAAACCAAACCUAACACUUUGCACGUGUUGAAGAAUCUUGAUAACCCUGUAUUAUGAUGACAUUAUUACCUUUUUGCUGUGCAAAUUGUCAUUCAUAAAUGAUAUGGUUGUUUGUUGGCCUGACUAACAUUGUUUUACACAUUUUACCAAAGGCUCUAUGGAAGGUUUCAUUCUGCAGCCAUUGUGAGAGCUCACAAAGGUUGUGUGACCAUGCAAGCUGUAUAUAGUCUAAAGAGAUAUCCUUGUCUGUGUAAUAUUAAGAUCCAUCCUGCCCUAUGUCCUUAAAAGCUUGACAGUGGAUGGAUGGAGGUGGGUCAUGGUGGGGUUUAUAAACAUGGUGUCAGGGUGUCUGCUUGCCAUGGCCCUGGAAGUCAGGCUGAACAGUCGAUCCCCAGUGUUGGGUUUCUGCUUCGAUGCAACUUUCCACAGAACACUGCACUUACAGGAGGCGUUCGUUUCAGAAAGAUGACGGUCAUUACAGGAGAUUUACUUAACCUUUCACCAUGGCCAAUCAUUAACAUCUGAUGCAUGUGGGAUUACACAUUACAAGAGCAAUGAUGCGGCACAAUUAUGCAAAAAGGAUCUGAUAUCUUUGAUCCACUGGGCCUCUCCUCUCAUUGUGUGCCAGUAUAUGGGCUCCGAGUGAGUCAGCAUCAGCUAAUUAGCUAGAUGUCACAAAGUUUCAUCUCUCCCUCCCACAGGAAAAGUAUCUGCCUUGAAUGAAUACAAAUACAAAUUAUGAUAGUCACCUUGUCUAGCAAAAGAUUCAGGUUUUACUUUUGUGUCACAGUUGCUGAGGUUACAACAUACGUUACAGUGAAUGUAACAUAUUUAGCCAUUCGUACCACAUACUAGCUCACAGUUUAUACUUUUAUGUGGGGGCUAAAAUGUCAAAUUGGUAGAACUAUCCCUAGCCAAGGUAAUUCUCACUAUGCACCCACAGUGGAACCCCUUUAACCAGCACACAUUUCCCACCCUGCGCAUGCUAACAUGAAACCCAAGCUGUGCAUACACUGGCUGGUAUGCAGACAGAGUAAGGUCUGUUGGCUGUCAUAGGCGCUCGUGCACGUGCCAUAACCUACCCUGGGCGCGGUAUGGAGCUGUAGGUCGUAGCUCAGGCAACCAGAAACUAGGUGAAAGUGUUCUUGAGAAAUCACGGAGGGACUGACAAUGAAGCAAUUCAAAAAGAACCCCAACUCUGCUGAAAGAGGCUCUGUUGAAAGCAGACCUACAGACUAGUGCUCAUAGACAUGCUGAAUGCAUCAUGUAUGUGUUUAGCAAUCUUCUUGUGUUAAUGUCGUUUAGUUUUUUUUAAGACAACUUCAAUUGAUUUGCCCUGUUUUGAGUUUAAACCUGACAGUCUUAAAUGAUUGUCUUCAGAUGUGAACCUCGGUGCUGUUUUAGUCGUUCUCUCCACUGCUGCUUCAAAACUCACUAGGUUAUUGGGCGGGUUAUGCCUGGCUAGGUGAGUUUAUUUUAGAGGGUGUAGGCUAAAUGUUUGAGAUGACUGAUCUCCUUUGUUAACUUGCUGGAGUAAUUGUUUCUUCUCUAAGGAGCCAAGACAAACAUGAUCAGGAUCAAGGCUAAUGGUGAUCCAAUGGUCCUCCUGAUACAGAAUCAGUGGCCAGCAGAGAAGCUUUCAAUGCGUCUUGUUAGUUAGAAAUCCUACACUUGACUGCCGGGCCUUUAAAGAUUAGUUCAAAUCAGGCAGUCCCAUUUGUUGUGGAAGACUUAUGUUAAUCUUGUGUGUGUGUGUGUGUGUUGACUUGAGGAGGAAGGCUGGGGUUAGUAACGGAUCAUGUGAAUACUAAAACGGGACUUAUCCAGCCAUGUCUAUGUUUACAAAUCACAAUGGCAAUUGACACUGCUAAUGAAGCUGUCUGAGGGUUAAUCUUUUGUUUUAAGUAAAAAAUAAAUAAACAGAAAAGCUAUGCCGAAUAGAUUACGGUCCACAUUUACACAUUCAGGCAUACACAUGCACAUACACAUGCAUACACUUUGUUAGAGCGAGCGGUGCUUGUACCUUUAAGAGAUGCUCACUGCACAGCGAGGUAGAAAGCAGGCCACUGCGGCUCCUCUACCACUGGGACCCGCCACAGCUAGAUCUAGGGCCUGUAAUGCAGCUCGGGAGAGAGGGGAGGGAGGGACCAAUAAUGGAGAACCUCCUCCCUGUGGGUACCAGCAAAGCAUUCUGGGAGGGACACAGACCCCUGCAGUGUUGGGUGUGAAAACCCCGUUCAUGCUGUCAUAGUAGCCUCAGCAUGCAGCAUCAGGAACAAUGGAGCACUCUCUCUCUGCGACCACAGUUGCUAGUGCUGCUGAACUGGCUGUCAGGAACACUGCUUUGUAAACACGUUUUUCAACCCUAUUUUAGCAGUAGGCUUUAUUGGCUGCCUGCUUAGCUGUAGACGGCUGGUUUCAGUAAUGUUUUCUCAAAAUUAAGUAACAAAAAAAGCAGAGCCUAAAGUGGGUGAAUAAUUGAUAGAUUUAACAUUAUUCAUCUGCUGUCCGUAGAAAUAUUUCUCUAUGUGAGUAGUCAAUGUUUCCCUAAUGGCUUCCUAAUUAAGCUCCGACAAUAGAGUCAUGUAAAACAAACAGACCCUAUUAAUUACUGCUUUAACAGGAUGGAUAAGAAUGUUUUUUUAUAAUUGUAUUAAUCUAUAUCUCAUGGUCUCAUAAAGGUGGUUACUUCUACAGUAUACACACAGUAGGAAUAGAUACAUUCCUACUACCGGUCUGUAUGGUUUGGCCUCAUAGCAGCUGUCUACAAGCUGCUAGCAUAUGGUGAAGGGAGUCCUAGCUGCCCUAUAUUGACAGAACUCGCCUGCGGUCCAUGUCAGACUGGAUCUGCUGUGUGUUUCUGUUCAGAAGAUGCGGCGUGCGAGCGAGGCCUCCUCUGGCUCCGUGCUCUGUGUAUCUGAGCAUGAGUCACAUAGUAGUUGGGUAAUGGUGGGUGAGCCAACACUGCCAAGCACCACCCACCCCUACAGCUAGACUUGGCCUGACUCUUAAAAUGUUUGCUCAUGUUCUUUGUACCCAGGCCUGUGUGUGUGUGUGUAGUUUGUAUGUUCAUGUUUUUCUGUGCGUUUGUGUGGUACCAAAAGAGUAGAAUGUUUUGGGCAGAAGAAAGAGAGAGAGAGAGAGAGAGAGAGAGAGAGAGAGGGAAAGGGAAAGGUGGGUGUUUUGUUUCAAUCUGUCAGCACAUUUCUUGGUCAGCUGCCCAGGCUGCCACUUUACCCUCCGAAACGUUGAAAAGCCCCGUAAAGAAAAAUGUUUUAAAAGCAAGGGAAAAAGGGAAAAAAACAGUUGCCAGUUGUGGUUUAUGAGCUGUGCUCCUGUAUUCCAUCUGCGAGCCACCGUCCUCAGCCCCCCUGACCAGGGAGCACAGGAAUACACAUGUAUUCUUUUAAAUGCAUUGAAUGCUUUUUACAUGUAGUACAGGAGGAUAGGCCAUUUUAAGAGCACGGCAUUACGUAAUCAUACUAGAUAGUGUCAAAUAUGCAUGUGUGGGUCCAUAUAGACACCAACAUGCGAAAGCUAUUCUGAGCCAUAAGAAGCCAGAGGGGAACACUGCGUAAUGCAGCAGUUAUUAUUUACAGUCCAUGAUUUUCUGGUCAAUCUGAAUGUUUGUGGUCAUUUCAAUGAUUAAGGUGAUUUCUUUCCUACCUUUUCUCUCCCCCAAAUUCUUUACUUCACUUUGCGCACACACACACACACAAUCUGUCUCUCCUCAUCUUUCCGCCACACACACCUCUCCCUCCAUCCAUCCCUCC